GACCGGAACUAAAAAAUGGCACGAGGCCAGCUGGGGCGGGGGUCUCCGCCGGACGGGUUUUGUACCAUUGCGUCGGCAAAGAGCUCGAGAAGGAGAUGAGACAAAACUUACCUCAGAGAAGAUGCAGUAGUAUCACAGUAUACUCAUGUCAAAGCGGCACGGUUAGCCCGGUAUCCUGGUGCUUUCGCUAUCAUGUUGAAGUGUGGGCGGCAGAUUGUGCCGACCAUCGGGGAAAACCCGUCAAUGCGGUGGAACUUGAAUUGAUAAAGCCCACGCCCAAUCACGUCUGCAGUCUACUAGUUGUAUACGCCGUCUUUAGCAAUCUGACCAGAAGUCGAAUUGAUGCAGGUCAUAGCGAGAUAACCACCGCCAUCCAACCUCCCUGGUUAUCCACUUCUCCAGGCCAGACAAUAUCUAUACCCACCUCGCUAUCGAUCUUCAAGUUCUAGCAUCCAAUCACCGUCAUGGUCAUCAUGCGGCUGUCGGUCUGCGCUCUGGAGACUUUGCCACCAUCAACCUGGUUUGGGGACUGGGAAUCCGAGGGGAGAGGGAGCCAUGCUACACGCACGCGAGCGGCGGCGGGACGUAUGGAGGUGCGAACAGACGCCAAUUUGGCUACAUAUAAGGCCAAACCCAUGUCGUUGUCGUCGACAGGCAGUCCGUCCAGGCAUCGCGGUCCCUUCUUUUUCCGCUGCAGAAUUCCCCAGUUGCGGCCACCCUUCGUCCAGUGUUGACCAUGGUGUCGUUGAACUUCCCUCCGGCCACGGGGGUAGCGUCUCAUGAGCGCACACCCACUGAGCGCAGCCUUGUGCGGCGUCUCGAUAUGUUCCUUCUGACAUUUGGUUGUCUUUCCCAAGUCAUCAAGUACCUCGACCAGAGCAAUAUAACCAAUGCCUACGUGUCCGGGAUGCAGGAGGACCUGCACCUCGACAAGAAUCAACUCAACUACUUCCAGACAUAUUUCAAUGUCGCCUACUGCAUCAUGCUCAUUCCAUCCCAGAUCAUCUUGACUUAUGUGCGACCGAGUCUGUGGCUCUCAGGAUUGGAACUGGCCUGGGGCAUGAUAACUGGCCUCAUUGCAAUGACACACAGCGCAAAGCAAGUCUACGUCUUGCGGUUCUUCCUGGGCCUUUGCGAGAGCAGUGCGUGGCCUGGCAUGAUGACCCUAUUGAUGCAUUGGUACACUCCGACAGAACUGGCAAAGCGCAUGGGGUUUUACCAUUCCUGCCAGGCCAUGGGGAGCAUGAUGUCUGGGGCACUGCAGGUCGCCAUCAUUAACACCUUGGAAGGACACAGCUCCCUAGCGGGAUGGCGGUGGCUAUUUGUCAUCAACUCGAUCAUCACCGUGACGUGGGGAUUCUUCGGCUUCUUCAUGAUACCUGAUCUGCCGAACAAACCGAACCCGCUUGCCUUCUGGUUUGACAGGAACCAUGGCGAAAUGGCUAUGGCGAGGCUGAAACGACACCAUCGUGCCGAACCGAAGAAGGUCACCUGGGCUGCUGCCAGGCGCACCUUUACUUCCUGGUUGGUGUAUUUCAUUUCCCCAUUGUACACCGCGACAGUCCUGGGCAGCUGGGGAUAUGCAUAUUUUGCACUAUUCCUCAAGUCGAUCAAGAACGAAGACGGGACAAGGCGAUGGACGACAUCUCAAGUCAACUCCAUCCCGAUCGGAGGUGGAGCUAUUCAAGUUCUUUUUGUCUGGAUCUGGGCGUUCCUGUCGGAUAUUCUACGAACCCGAUGGACCCUUAUUGUAGUCCAAGGGCUUAUUGGCAUCAUGACCUGCAUUAUCAUGAGCAUCUGGACGUCUCACCCGAACUCCGUUAGCCUCUCUGCAGCUUACGCCAGCUACUUCCUGUCCUAUAUCACCUUGGGCACGGCACCUCUCAUCUUCGCAUGGCUGUCGGACCUCAUGCCGCAGGACCCGGAGGCACGUACACUGAUCGUGGGCGUUGCGGUUGCCUUUUACUAUGCCAUCUCCGCUUGGAGUCAAGUUCUUACCUGGCCGGCAUCACAGGCACCCUAUUAUAAGUAUGGGUGGCAAUCGGCUCUUGCCCUUUGGGCUUUGGCCGUCGUCAUGACGUGCGUGUUGCGCUAUGUCGACAAGCGGUAUCUGUCGCCGAAACGUCAAGCUUUUGCAGAAGUAUUGGAGGCAGAGCAACGCGAAGAAGGUCUGGACACUAAGCCCCAGGUGUUGGUAACCACAACCUCUCAAACCAAGGACUAAACGAGGAGGUGGUAUAUGGUCUGUACCCUCUUGUCUUUGGGGAUCAGCUCUACAUACAUGUGCACUCUAGGUGCAUAGUAGAUAUCAGUAUGAAUGCGCUCUACCAUGACCUUCUCGCCCACACAUCGCAACUUUCAAGUCUAGAUGAACAUGGUAGCCAUGAUAUAGCGAGAAAAUAGAUGGCAAUUCCGCGAACGUACUUGAAACGAGCGAGUGGGAUGUCGCCAUGUGCGUAUAGGUACCUAGGUAGGUAGUAACCAGGUACACCAAAAAGGGAUUCACUCUUAUUGAAUAACUUAUAAGCACAG